UUAUCUACGGAACCCUAAAUUGAAAUGUCAAACUUUGGUUGAACAAAAAAAUCAAUACAUAAACGGAAACAAAAGACAUUUCUAAACGAGUGAACGGUUUUACAUUCGUUUCUCGUUUGUCAAUUCAAACAAAAAUCCAAUGUGUAGGUACAAUCCUACGCAGGUACCGUACCCAAAAAUAGGAAUUUGUUUAACAACUUAAUUUUUUAGAUAAUAGUAACAAAAUUCACUUCAUGUAAAUUAGUGUAUAAUCUAUGCAAAUUGUCAAAAUCGAUACCUACACAAUGUAAUCACUUGUCAAAAAUCAAAAUAUGAAGCAAUUGUUAAUCGUCAAUAAUAAAUACGCUUCAUAAUAGCUUAAAUCAGUCCUAAAAUUUAGAAUUGAUUAAUUUCCGUGACUGUUUCAUGUGAAUUACGAAAAAGCAAUAUUUUUCAUGAGAAUUACGAUAAAAAAGUAUUAAAAUGGGGAUCUUCACGUCGUGCUGUAAGCCAUCAGCUGCGGACGUGAUCACUCCUGAUGCUGAAACUCGGCGGCGCCAGCAAAUAGAGGCUGCAGAGAAGCGACGAGCUCAGGAACAGGCACGUGGUAUUAAAGACCUUGAGAAAAUAAAAAGAAUGCAGCAAAAGAGUGAAGAGAUUGAAAGACGGGAAAAGGAAUUGGCUUCACAGGGCGGUGCUACUUUAAAGUGGACAGCAGAAUGAGAUACGGAGGAACGCGCCAGCGUUAAUAAACAAGAGAAAUACAGAUACAAGAACUGAUGUGGAUGUGUCAUGCAAGUGCUUUUUGUGCGUAAUAAUUUUUCAAAUUUAGUAAAUUACUAUUAUUUGCUUAUAGUCUGCAAAACAAAAUGUAGUCCAUAGAAUAUCUCUUCAAUAUACUUUAACUCACCAUAAAAGUAAUGGAUCACAUAUUGGAAUAAACCACAAUUUGCAUUCUACAAAAUAUCUUCAGUAGAUACUUCUUGUUUUUCUAAAAGUGAUCCUCUCCAGAUAACCUGACAACUGUUUAAGAUUAAUUGAUUAAGAUUAAGAUAUUGCAGUUUAUUUACUCCACUUAUUGUUUGUUUACUUUUUUGAACUUAAAGUAAUGUUUAUAUGUGUCGUAUGACAUAUACACAAAAAGACAAAGUUAUUUUUAGGUUUUUAAUUAUUUUUAAUCUAUAAUGUAGGCUUUCCCAUGUUAAAAUCACGACAUUCCGAGUCUUUUUUUCAUUUGUACAAAUUUCACAGGAUUAAUUUGUGUAACUGUUGUAAAGUAUUUAAGUAAGGAGGACCAGUGCUAAUAGUAAUACAAUUAAUGGAACUGCAGUAUUACGAAGGUAUUAUGUAAUGUCACUGUUUUGACUAUUUAAGGGAAACUUGCAAUGUUUGGAAUAAAAAAGUAAUUGCAUAAAUUUAUCAUUACUCUUAUCAGUUACAUACUUAUUUAAAAAAUAAUUACUAUAACAUGUCAAACAAUUACUGAUUCAAGUUUUCUUCUAUCCAACAAUAAUGUAAUUGUAUUUAUUCACUGCGUUUUACUUUGCGUAUUGGCACAAAAUAUAUUCGAGCCAAUUUCGACUAGAAAUAAUAAAUUCUUGUUUAAAUACAUACCUAGCUAAGUAUGGGUUUGUAUUUAGAUAAAUAUGUUAAUUUUUUUUUAAUAUUUUGGAACACCAGGUAUAUUACGUAGGUACCUACCUAAGUAUAAACGAAGGUAGGUUAUAGGUAGAGCUAUGGAUUCCUGGAUAAGAAAUAUAUAGUAAGUAUGUAGCUUUUUAUUAAUAAUUUUGCAACUGUGAUUGUUUUUAAUAGCUAUUAAUUAUUUACCGAAUAUAUUUACACAUCAAGAAGGAUAUAUUGGAAGAAAAAAGAAGGAUGAAUUAAAAUACAGUUAUACGUAAGUCAUGCUGUAUAGCCAGCCUUGUCCUCUUAGGCCAACUUUAGGACGAAGCAGAGCUAAAUUUAGGCAGGUGGGCGGUGUUAUAAAAAUACGUAAAUUAUAAUGAGACGGAGGUCGAUGAGACGACCACCGCGGCUUCACUUGUUAAAUUUCUAUUAUAAAAACAUGGAGACAUUGUUUUUUUUUCUGGAUAAAAAUUUCCCUACGUUACUUCCGUUCCGUCAAAGUUAUAGGUAGGUACAUAUUUGCAAUUUUAUUUUGCAGUCUUACUAUUAGUUAGUAAUGUACUUUUUUAAUUAAGCACAGCAUGGGAACCGGUAAUAAAUGUAUAAUUGGUGCUUAGGCUGCACGGGUGGGUAUCAUGUCGUUUGUUUCUACAUUUUAAUCUCAUGUCAGACCGAGAUCGCCAACGAUAGACUGUUUAAUACGUUUAUUGAAUCCCGGCAACCUUUUUUUUUUAUUGCUCAGAUGGAUGGACGAGCCCACAGCCCGUCUGGUGUUAAGUGGUUACUGGAGCCCAUAUACAUAUACAAAAAUGUGCCACCCACCUUGAGAUAUAAGUUCUAAAGAUCUCAAUAUAGUUACAACGGCUGCCCCGCCCUUCAAACCGAAACGCAUUACUGCUUCACGGCAGAAAUAGGCAGGGUGGUGGUACCUACCCGCGCGGACUCACAAGAGGUCCUACCACCAGUAAAAACUCCUUAAACAUGGCUGUCCACUUGUCCAAAUAACAAAUUGUUAAAGAAAGUUACACAAUAAUCUAAACUCUCGCUAUUGAUCGCAAGAGUCUAAUGCUUUCAAAGGUGGAGAUUUAGUACAACUCUAUCGGUUCUAGAGAAUCUCUUGCCUACCUCUAGAGUCUAGAGCAUGUUAUAAAUGAAUACAUUUUGUUAUAGUUUUAAAAAAAGUAGUUGUUGUUCAUAUUUCAUAUUAAAAAUGUUAUAAAUAAUGUACGUGUUGUCUAUUGAGCUUGUUAUUAAAACAGCGAAAAGUCUAUGCUUGUUGUGUAUUUAAAAUUUUGAUAUUUAUUGUAUUAAUGUGUCUAUUUUGUGAGUAAAUCUAUAUAACAAUGUAUAUCGUAAAAGUUUUAACGUUUUUGAAUUUAAAAUAUUACAAGUAUAAAUUUAGUGUAUAUAACAUUAUAAACGUAAUUCUUCAAUGUGUGUUCGAAAUCCUCUAUAUAUCACUAUACACUGUACUAUUAUACUACAUAUUAUGAAUUAUUCUGUGUAUUUUCUUAAGAUUUAAUAAAUAUCUUGUACAAGUAUA